CAUUAAUCAAGGAAUUUAUAUUUUCUUUUGGCAUUGUGGAGUGGUGUUUAUAGCAUUAACAAGGGGUCAUAUCUAUAUACUCCCGCCGUUCCUUUAUCUCCCACCCCUAGUUUAGCCUACUCCUGAAACUAGAUGGUAGAACAAACUUGGAUAGCGGAAAGCGCAACUGAUGGCUAGCUCCCUGCUGCUGCGACACCUGCCCAACUUUUUUACAUGGUUGGACUGUCUCAUGUGUAUAGUAAGUAUCGAGAAGCUGUUGAGGAAAUUGCAUUUUCUUUGGCAGUGUGGUUAGUAAGUGGUGUUUGCAGCAUUAAGAAGGGGUGCCUAUGUGUAGUGGUAUUUACAGCAUUAAGUCAAGUCCUUGUGCCUCACAGAAUUUGCUGGGCAUGUAAGGUCGACUGGUACAUGCUUUUUGUAAGUGAUGAUGAUAGUGCACCUGAUUUUCUGUUCAAAAUGCAGACUCUAUACAUUUUUUUAAACAGUCACAUUGUCAUGAUAUAUAUUCACAAGUAUAUGUAUGUUCCACUGAAGUGCCUAGUUGAUGGCGUUUCGAUAGGUGAGGUUAAUGUGGAUGUCAUGAGCAGAUUCCAGCAUUUGAAAGUUCAGUACAAAAUUAUGCUAUGCAGCUAAACAGAGCCACGGAGGCAUCACUGGAUUCUGGCCGCAAGCAGAGAACGCUGUGCUCCUAAAGAACUGUCUUCAGAAAAGCUGGCCAACCAGGGAUCUAGAAGCAGCAUCACCUCAAGUCUCAAGCAAUGGGCAGUGAACUGCUCACAGCAACGCUUGCGGCACCGGUGGAGCCUCCGUUGAUCCCAUCCACGACCACUACCACCACUACCACCGGCAACGGAACCACCACCAGAACCAUCACAACAAUCACCACCACCACAUGCUCCUCCUCUGCCGCCGAUGGCACCACUACCACCACCACCACAACCACCACCACCACCACCACAACAACAACCAUCACAACCACCUCCAACGCCACAACCAUAUCAUCCCUCUGUGAUGAUGACCUUCGCGAGAUCUUCCUCCGCCUCCCGAACCUCCCGGCUCUCAUCUGUGCGGCGCUCACCUGCCGCUCCUGGCUCGGAGCCAUCCGCUCUUCCUCAUCCUUCCGUCGCCUGUUCCGCGCCCUCCACCCGGCGCCCCUCAUUGGGCUCUUUCUUGAAAUUGACGAUGCUACCACCCCCUCCUUCGUCCCUCUGCGCCGGUCAGAUCCCGACGUCACCGCUGCCCUCCGCCGCGGGGACUUCUACCUCACUUCCCUACUCAAGGCUGGCGCAUCCUCGGCUUGGAGUAUCACCGACUGCCGUGAUGGAUACAUCCUCCUAUGGAACAUGCUCGAUAAGCCGUCCGUCGCCGCCGUGAACCCCAUGACCUGGGCUGUGGACAUCAUCCCGUUGCCCGACGGUGUCAAGGCCGGGAGACGCCGCAAUUUUGCCUACCUUGGCUUCCACCUGCUGUGUUCUGAUGAGAACCCCUGGUCGUUCCGUGUGGUCUGCGUCUGCUCGGAUCAGCGAAGGAUCCGCGUCGCCAUCUUCUCGUCGGAGACGUGGGAGUGGGUCGUCCACCCGUGGGUACACACUGGUGGUGACUGCAGCCUAAAGUUUGGUGCUGGAAUGGUGGUGGAUGGUUCUGUUUACUGGCCUUACCAUGGCCAAGGACGAAUGAUAAAGAUCAACGUAGCGACCAUGGUUAUCACCACUGUGGAGCUACCCUUGCAGGUGAUGGUGGAGGGGUACAAUUUCAUGGCCGGGGAGACUAAGGAUGGACAGUUAUGCAUUGUCUAUGAAUCUGGUUUCUUCCUGCAUGUUUGGAUCCGUGGUGUGGACGGUUAUGGACUUGAUAACUGGGUGCUGCAUAACAUGAUACCUUUGAGUGAAGAAAUCGACGAGAUCACUCAGGGGUUCGCUCUGGAGUUGCAGGGUGACCUCAAAGUUGUGCAGGUCAGGUUUGGAUACGUCUACUUGUCCACGACAUGCACGACCCCUGCCGGCACGCUCCAUUUGCAAGUUCAGUACAAAAUUAUGCUAUGCAGCUAAACAGAGCCACGGAGGCAUCACUGGAUUCUGGCCGCAAGCAGAGAACACUGUGCUCCUAAAGAACUGUCUUCAGAAAAGCUGGCCAACCAGGGAUCUAGAAGCAGCAUCACCUCAAGUCUCAAGCAAUGGGCAGUGAACUGCUCACAGCAACGCUUGCGG